AAUAUCAGACAGUAAAUAUGACAGUGAACCUACCCAGGGUGUCUCCCUCCUCUGGCCCAUUGCAUUCUGGGAAAGACUCCAGGCUGCCCUGAUACUUUUAAAACAAUAAAAAAGUUGGACAAAUGUAAUAAAGUGGAUGAAUCAGAUGUAAGAAAUGUAAUUGUUUCGGAACUGACUGAUUCAACAAGGGGGCGAUGUACUGCAAUAAUACAUGGGUCAUACACAAAUAAAUGAAUUGUAUGUCUCCACAUAAACUUGAAAAACUGUACACAGGAAAGUAUGAUCUCAAUGGCUUUAAGUGGCCUCUGAUCACUGCAUUUUACUAAUAAUAUAUACGACAAGUAGAUAGGAUUAUGUGGGUUCAGAAUAAGAUGUGUGCUGUUGCCCAAUUAAGGCUGAUUGUAUUGCUUCAUGUGUAUUUGCAGACCAGUACAUCUGCGCACACCCCUCUCUUUUUUUUUUCAAACAUUUUGACAUUUCUGCCUCACUGGCUAGAGCAGAGUUUAGAAAGAAGUAGUGUAAAAUGACACAAAGCACACCCACAAUAGGUCUGAGGAUGAUCGUCCUGAGUAGCAGACCACUAUAGAUAACAAUGGAUUACCCGUCAACAACUUUUACGACUCCAGUCCCCGCUUAUACUGAAAGUGACACUCCUGACUACUCAGACUAUGACACUGGGUCAAAUGAAAGCACAGGCAUGUGUGACAGAAAGUGGGUCAGAGAAUUUCGUGGGCAGGUUGAGUCUCCUCUAUUCUGGAGCAUCUUCAUCAUCGGUGCUGUGGGUAACAUGAUGGUUGUUUGGAUCUACACCACUGUGCGCAACCGUCUGAAGACAAUGACUGACGUGUACCUGCUAAACCUGGCUGUGGCUGACCUCCUCUUCCUGUGCAUGCUGCCCUUCUGGGCGAUCGAUGGCGUCAACGGCUGGAACUUUGGCAAAAGUUUCUGCAAAAUGGUGUCUGCCGUCUACAAGAUCAACUUCUUCAGCAGCAUGUUCCUGCUCACCUGCAUUAGCGUGGACCGCUACAUCGCUAUUGUACAAGUCACCAAGGCCCACAACCUGAAGCGAAAGAGACUCUACCAUAGCAAACUUGCCUGCCUGGGUGUCUGGUCUGUCUCCGCUAUCCUGGCUCUCCCUGAGUUUAUCUUUGCUCAGGUGAAGCAAGACCUAAGCGGGCAGACCUUCUGUGCUCUGGUCUACUGGAACAACACAAACAACCGGACUAAGAUCUUAGUCCUGUCCAUGCAGAUCUGCAUGGGCUUCUGCCUUCCUCUACUAGUCAUGUUCUUCUGUUACUCCGUCAUCAUUCGCACACUUCUGCAGGCCAAGAAUUUCAAAAAGCACAAGGCCCUACGCGUCAUCUUUGCUGUGGUGUUUGUGUUCGUCCUCUCUCAGCUGCCGUACAAUAGUCUGCUGAUAGUGGAGGCCAUGCAGGCUUAUAAUACCACUAUCACAGAUUGUGCCACAGUCACUUAUUUUGAUAUAGCUGGACAGGUAACCAAGACCCUGGCCUUUACUCACGCCUGCCUGAACCCAUUCCUCUAUGCCUUCAUCGGAAUUCGGUUCAGACAAGACCUCUUUAGAAUUGUUCGGAUGUGUCUGGGCAAAGGAGGGUCCAGUAAAACACACGUACUUCCCAAACGUCCCUCUGUCAUUUCAGACACUGAUACCCUCCCUGCCCUUUCUAUAUAAACACACAUUUUCCUCAAGUCCUAAACCUGAUAGCUGAGCCUAGUUCUAACUUUUUUUUUAUGUCAUACUUGAUAGCAGAGCAACGAUAACAUGUUGAACUUUCAAGUUAAAGAAGUCUUUGGAGUUUACAUUCAUUACCUUCAUCUCCUGACAUUUCCAAGCACGUUUCUGCUUGAGUUGCUGUAUAAAUUGUACAUUAAUGUAAAUAUUUUACCAAUAAUUGUUGGUGUUUUACAUCAGUUCCAUCAUGUGUUCGUCGUGUGCAGCUGUAAUUGAAUAAAAAAAAAUGUUACUAAUGGUUUUCAGAAAUAAAACAGCAAUUAAAAAUAGAAAAAAAAAAAUCAAAAGCGUGUUGCAGUUUUCUUCACUGCUAUUCUGUCCACAGCGCAACAACAAGCAGGAAAGAGGUGCAACAUCUAGUCUUAAGUUUUUACUGAUAAAUUAAUGCAGAGUCAGUGAUGAGCUCAGCAAUUUAUGUAUGUGUCUGCUAUACACAGCAAAGUAUUUGAGUGCUUUCACUGGUUUAACGUUCCUGGUGUGGUGGGAAACGCAGUUGUGAAUGUGGCUGGUCCAAUCCGCAACUCUUUCAAUCUGACUAAACGACCUCCUGUUGACAGUCUGUGCCAUCGUCUCUGCUGGCGCUCUUAGCUGUUGAACCUUGUCUGUUUGCUUAUGACUUGGCAGUUUCACAGUGGAUUUUAACGGGUGCCUGUUCAAACUGGCACAAAAGAGGUUUCCCACACUGGUUUUAUAACGGCUGUAGCUCAGACAGGUGGCAGACAGAGAGGCAGACAGACAGACGGACACGUGUCACUGCCUCAAAAAACCUUCCAUGUGAAGCCGUAACUUCGAAGCAUGGGAUCUCAGUCUGCCAACUUCAAACAGCAGCUCUCUGAAUGCUCUUUUGCUAGAGCCACACACUCUGCAUGAAAGCCGAUGCAAAACCCAACAGAGGAAGAGUUGAUCUUACUUCUCCGGUCUGUGCCACCAAAAAUUGACUAUAUCAAAACCAUGCA